GAAUUUAGAACCGAACCGAACCAUUACAUUAAUUUAUAGUCAACUAGCUAUCAGCCUAUCAUCAAUACAGGAUCUAGAGAUCGUACGGUUCUCGUUCGCUCUCAUGAAUCACAUCUAUAAACUAACGGCCUGGAUCACAAGAGUUGCUCGCGAAGAAGAAGAAGAACACAAUUGAAUCUGAGCUCUCUCCUCUCCUCUCCGUAACUCGAAAUCAAUCGACGAAACCGCUAACCUCCAAUGAUGGAUCUCUCCUCUCGCUUCACAUCGAUCCUCGUCAUCUUCCUCACCAUCACAUCAACCUUCGCCGAGAUCCGCAAAUCCGAGAUCCGAUCCGAUGACCGGCCCAUCAUCCCCUUGGACGAGUUCGGAUUCACACACACAGGCCGCCUCGAGCUCGACGCCUCCAAGAUCUCCCUCUCCAACACCAACCCCGACCUCGAUCUCUCCAAGGUCGGCUUCUUCCUCUGCACGCGCGACGCCUGGGUGCACGUGAUCCAACAGCUCGAGGAAGAGGAGAUCACGUGCGCUCUCCAAUCAGAUCUCGUCAAGCACGUGUUCACCUUCAACAAACUCAACAAGAACAGCUCCUUCUCCACCGUGUUCACCGAGAACGACGCCGAUCAGUACUCCCUCGUCUUCGCCAACUGCCUCCAGCAGGUGAAAGUCUCCAUGGACGUCAGAUCCGCCAUGUACAACCUCGAAGGGAAGAGCGGAGGCCGCGAUUACCUCUCCGCGGGAAGAACCGUCCUUCCGAAAGUCUAUUUCCUCUUCUCCGUCAUCUACUUCUCCCUAGCCGCCACGUGGAUCUACGUUUUAUUCAAGAAACGACGCACCGUCUUCGCGAUCCACUUCUUCAUGCUCGGCGUCGUCGUUUUGAAGGCUUUGAACUUGUUGUGUGAGGCUGAGGAUAAGUCCUACAUUAAGAAAACCGGAUCCGGUCAUGGAUGGGAUGUGUUGUUCUACAUCUUCAGUUUCCUCAAGGGGAUAACUCUCUUUACUCUGAUCGUCUUGAUAGGGACGGGAUGGUCUUUCUUGAAGCCUUACUUGCAGGACAAGGAAAAGAAAGUGUUGAUGAUCGUCAUUCCUCUUCAGGUUGUUGCUAACUUCGCGCAGGUGGUUAUCGACGAGACGGGGCCUUACGGGCAAGACUGGGUCACGUGGAAACAGAUCUUUUUGCUCGUUGAUGUGGUUUGUUGUUGCGCUGUUUUGUUUCCCAUUGUGUGGUCGAUCAAGAACUUGCGUGAGGCGGCGAAGACUGAUGGGAAGGCUGCUGUGAAUUUGGUUAAGUUGACUCUGUUUAGGCAUUACUACAUUGUGGUUAUCUGCUAUAUCUACUUUACGCGCGUUGGCGUUUAUGCGUUGGAGACUAUUACCUCUUACAAGUAUAUGUGGACUAGUGUUGUGGCUAGCGAGUUGGCUACUUUGGCGUUCUAUCUUUUUACUGGUUAUAAGUUUAGGCCGGAGGUGCAUAACCCUUACUUUGUUGUUGAUGAUGAUGAGGAAGAGGCGGCAGCUGAGGCCCUGAAGCUUGAAGACGAGUUUGAAUUGUAAGUGAUUCGCGAAAGAAGCAUACUUUUGUUUGACAGGAUGAUUGAGAGUAAAUUGGAUCAUUAUCAAAAUUUAUCUGGUAAACCAGCUUUUCUUUUGUUUAUUUGAGUUGUUAGGACACUUACUCGUAUGAAUGUCUUGUCUUAUCCAUUUCAUAGUAUUAUUGUGUAUUAAUAUGGUAAAUAAAACGCUUGGUGCUUUUUACU